AUGUAUACAUAUACACAUUUAGAUUUAAUUAUUCUCAAUGAUAAUAAGAUAAAUUAUUUUCCAUUAAUAAAACAAUUAUCUUUACCAUCCAAUUUUACAUUUCAUUCAAUGAGUUCAAUAGCGGAAUGUUCAGAAAAAGGUUUUGUUCAUGGUCGAUCAGUUGAUGAAGAAGGUGAACAACAAGAUAUAGAUGAUGAUCUCUUCGAUAAAAAAGAGCGUAUUGAUGAAAAUGCUGAGUCAACUGAUGAAGAAAUUCAUCCUGAGAAAGAAAAAGAUCUUCUUUGGUUGACAAGAGAAGGUCUUAGGAAACCAUUAUCAUUAGGUUGGAAAGCAUGUCAAGAAGAAAAUGGAGAAUUAUAUUAUUUUUAUUUUAACACGAGAAAAUCAUCAUGGGAUCAUCCAUAUGAUGAUAUAUAUAAAACACAUGUUAUUCAAGCACGAGAAAAGAAAACUUUAUCAUCCAUUGUAUUCGAUACACUUUCAAAAGGUAUUGAUCGUGAAGAAAACGAACCAACAGCAGUUAUUACUCCAUAUUUUCCAAUGUCAUUUACUAUUAACACAGAAUUAAGUUUAGUACAAGAACAAGAAGAACGAAAAUUACGUAAUAAAAUGAAAGUUGAUUUAACAUUAAUCGAAAAUAAUAUUCGUGAAAAUCAUGUACAUGAAAAUAAAUCACUUGAAAAUCGUCAACCAAAUGAAUUAAAUAAUACUGACGAAACUAUUGAAAGAGAAAAACAAGAAUUGCAAAAGAAAUUAAAUUAUCUUAAUCUUGAACAACAAAAUAAUACAAAUAUACAAAUACGUUUAUUACAAAUGAAACAUGAAUUUGAUGAGAAAUUACGUAAUGUUAAAAAUCGUUAUAAAAAUGAAAUUGAAGAUUUAACACGAUAUUAUGAACAAAUUACAGUUAAAAAUGAUACAUUAGAAAAACAUUCAACACAGCUUGUUGCAAAAUGGAUUGCUGAAUAUGGUUUGCCUGAUGCUCUUGAUCUUAAUUAUGAUAUUACUCGUAAAUAUACACCAACAUGGUAUGAUGAAGAACUUCGAGGUCUUGCUGCUGAAUUAAUCAAAGCUGCAUGCAGUGUAUUAGGAACAUGGGAUGAAUCUACAAUAUCAUCAACAUUACUUCAUCUUCGUUCAUUAAAUUGGGAUGAAAAGGCUCCAAUAGAUAAAUAUUCAACAAUAACUAUCUAUCAUUUAAAUGCAUCUUAUGAAGAUUAUGCUAAUCAUUUUCAUGAUUAUUACAAACAAAAAUAUACAACAUCACAUACUUUUGCUAAUUUUGAUUAUGCUGAUCUUGUUGGAGCAAUUAGAGCUUACAUUCAAUUUUCAAAUUCACUUAAUAUUGCUUUAGCUAUGCUUAUUAAUACGAAACGAACUUGUUCAGUUCAUCUUAAUCUUGAAGAAUUUCAUCGAAAUACUUCAAAUAAUAAUAUUGGAUUUCUUGGUAUUGAAUAUCGUGCAAAAGAAUUUAAUGUUUAUUUAUGA